AUGGCCAGGCACGCCGCCGCGCGGGCAUUCUCGGAAAUCCUUCGAAACACUGAGCCUUCCAACGUCACCUUCGCGAACGUCUCCGGUGUAUGUACAACGGGGGAGCUAAAGCGUGACGAGCAAGGUCACGAGUUCCGCGAAUUGUUCAUUCACAAAGGUAGCGUAGUCAGGAAUCUGGAUCCUGAGGAGCUAGCUCAUUCUUUCAUAGCCGUCGUCGCCAUUCAGCACCCUAUUACGGGGAAAAUGCAUUUCGACUGCCAAGACAUUGUCAUGCGCGGAUUUACCCAAACCGAACCCUCCACCGACCGCGAGCAUAGCCCACUGCCAGGUCACAAUGGCAUCGCUCGCCUGCCGGCAACAAUGGAGCAGCUUAGCGAGCGCUUCCAGAGACAGGUGGACGACACUACCGGACCCCCACCCAACAUAACGUUCACUGCCCCCGUAUUCGUUUUCGACGCCUUUAGUCCCACUCAGCCGCCGACUCCUAGCGAUAUCAUAGAGGAUCCUCCUAAUAGUCCGCCCCCACCGAACCUGGCUCCCCUCUCUGCCUCCCACAGGAUUCCCUCGCCUAUACCCUCGCCGGAAGAAGAGGCGCUGCAUACCAACCGAGACACUCUGAACGAAUUCUUCCGGGAGCACGGGCUUUUGUCAACGCAGGACCUACUGGCCGCUCUGCACCAAGAGUUGGAGCGCCGCCAGAGCGAAGAACGAUCAGGAUUAGACGAGCGCAACACGUCCGAGUCCUACGCCUAUCAGCUCGUCAAUGGCGGUGAUCAGCCAAACCCCGCACUAGAAGUCGCGACCAGCAUUGACGAAGAGCUUGAGUACGCGGACGAAGACCCCGCCCCAGAGCAGGGCAACCCGAUGCCUAACGGAGUCCUUCGGUCCCGCGAGUACGAGAUGCUCCAAUACCCCUCGUCGCGGUCGUCAACGGCAUCUACUCCUCCGCCGGUCAUGCUCACGGCAGCAAGACCCGCGUCGCCAGUGGUCACCAGGAGCGUCGGGAGCGGAACCGCCUACAUAGUACGGGGCGGAAUUAACGACGAAGAGCUACGUACGGAAACACUGGAGACCUAUGACAGCGAAUCGGAGGACGUCGACAUGCGCGAGCCUUCGCGCGACUCAGGGGAAGAAGAAGACGACAGCGACCGCGGAUCUACUUCCGUUUUCUUUCUGGCGAAGAUCUUGGGCCCCCAGUCCGAGCCCGCACAAUCAUCCAGAAGCACGACAGACCCCCGUCUUGGUACACCAAGGGACUCUUCAACGAGCGGCGUGAGGAGACCUCCCAACGAGCCAGAACAGUGCUUUCGAGGAACCCCCGAGCGCAAGGUUCGCGGCGCUCAGGGGGGCAUCUCCAGCGGGCUGGCCCAUCGGGUCCUUUCCCUCAAGUCUCAGUGCGCCUCCGAAUCUAGGCAAUAUCAGACACCCUACCCCUCCCCUACUACAGUCGCCUUCCGCUCAGGAGCACUCGCCUUGGAGACAGUUUCCCGAACCAUCUCGCGACUUUCCCGGUUUGCAGAGCCCGUCCCUUCGGGAGAACACGACGACGGCGAGUCCCUCGGCGGAUGGUCGUUGGCCGGGCGAGGUCACACCAGCUCGUCAGACGACGUGUCCACCGUCAGCUCCGUCGAACAGGACCUCUACGCCGCCUCGCUUCGCUCAGCCUCUGUGGGCGAACUCGCCGCGCUUGCCACCCCCCGAGUUAGGACCGUCAGCGCCCCAGCGAUGGUAUCCCCCACCGGUGGCUAUGCCAGUCCGCACCAAGAAGCGCCAUCCGAUCCCAACAACGCACCCUUAUCUGCCGGCCUCGACGCCCACGAUGAGCCAACCGCCGCUGAGGCGCUCUCCGAGGAAGAAGAGGCGGGUGGCAUGAACAGCUCCCCAGACCCCGAGAGCGACGGAAUGGGAAACAACAGCUCGGAGGUCGAUCUCCCCUCACUGGCUGAUAUCUCUGACUUGGACGAUGUGGAUUGGUUCGAGAAGAUCCCCAUGAACGGGACACGAGUGGCAGAGGCGGCAGCACAACAACGACGAGUAUUGGUACAGAUCCUCUACUCUCGCCACGUCCGCGCAUUCGCUCAUGUUUGUAUACAGCGUCGCCAUUCAGGGAGCUUCGGACCAGGAUACCGUGUAGGAACACCAUCCGAGCCCGACCUCAGUCCAUCCUCCGCGGACGCGCUGCCUCCUGCUCCCAUAACGGACGAAAGCACUCCGCCUAGCGCCGUCUCUCCAACUUCUAUGCCGCUGUCGCCACCGAGCCCGGCGCCGUCAAGUAUUCCGUCCUUGCAGUCUGUCAGCGACAUGAGCGACUCGUCAAGCGAGAGCAGCCUAGCAACUAGCGAAGGCGAGUACGUUCACUAUUACCAAGAUUCGAUCUACGAUGAAGGCGGACCGGACAUUCCCUUCUUCAAUAACCAAGGGGAAGGACCGCCGCCGAUCCAAGAGAUCCAUGCGGCCGAUUCGGAGCUGGACGCAGAAGGGGAAACGGACGAGGAAGCACUCAGUGAGGGGGACGGAGGUUCGACACGCGCGCGGCUGAGGGAGUUGCGUGCCGCCGAAUGGUGGGAGAUUAUAGAGGAUGAUUGGGGGGAUGUCAUAUUCCGUGAAGAUGACCUACCGCCACCCCCGCCGGGAUACGACGCCGCGCCUAUACAGACCGCAGACGAGUUCAUGGCGGAUCUAGCCGACAUAGAAGAAGACACGCGCGAUGAUCCCCAUAAGUUGAGACACAUUAACUGUGUCAUGAGCGCUGUCCAGCGAGUGAUCGCGCUAGCCGCUGCUAGUACGGCCCCGGAGGCGGAACAGCUGAACGACUACGACACCGAGAACGAGAUCGUGCUCAGAACGAAGCCCGAAGUGUUCUUCAACAGCGAACGACCCUCGCAGAUGAACAUGUUCCAGUCGGUAGCAACCGACCCCUCCUCCAACGCGCUCUUCGACUACUUCCUAAUUUACCACCGCGACCUCCUCACCACCGACUCGCGCGCUCGCCGAACCUUCGUUCCGGCAGGACGAAUCCACACCCACUUUCCGCCGGCUAUCGAGGCGUUCCCCCGAGCUCCUCCAGGACAGACCGCACCCCUGUCAUUCGUCAUGAACGAACAUCGUCGGGACCACGGCGAAGGGAUCGCCGACAUGGGGGACGUGGUACUGGAAGCUCGUCGCGCGCUUGUAGCGGGGAAUCGUCAUCUUGUGGAUUGGGUACACACCAACGGACUCCAGGAACAGGUGCGGCGCGAUAUGAGGGACAUCCGGGGUCAUAGCAUGCAACCUCUCAAUCCUCUGAUGUUCCUGGAAGAACUUUACUACCUAACGGGGGUGGUGAAUAUUCUCGACCUCGAUUCGCGCGAGCAAGAAAGCGACCUGGUGGAGAAGGUCAUCUAUUCCCACCCCCGCGUGUCGUACCAGACCUUGCGCCUCAUGAUGCGUCUGGGAUAUCUGGGGGGCCCGGUGCCCACCAUGGGCAACGCCGCGCAGCAUGAACUGCUGGUAAGGGGCACGGGUAGGACCAUCUACUAA